GUGUGUGUGUUUGUUUGUUUGUUUGUUUUUGCAGGCUUUAACGCCAAAAAGAAAAAGAAAGUGGCAAAGAUAUACCAGGCUCUGAACAGUGAUCCCACUGAUGUGGCUGCCCUUAGACGCAUGGCUAUUAGCGAGGGAGGGCUCCUAACUGAUGAGAUGAGACGAAAAGUGUGGCCCAAGCUCCUCAAUGUCAACAUCAAUGACCCACCUCCUAUAUCAGGGAAAAACCUACGACAGAUGAGCAAGGACUACCAACAAGUGCUGCUGGAUGUCAGGCGGUCCUUACGGCGGUUUCCUCCUGGCAUGCCAAAAGAACAGAGAGAAGGGCUCCAGGAAGAACUGAUCGACAUCAUCCUCCUCGUCUUGGAGCGCAACCCUCAGCUGCAUUACUACCAGGGCUACCAUGACAUUGUGGUCACAUUUCUGCUGGUGGUAGGAGAGAGUCUGGCAACAUCCCUGGUAGAAAAAGUAUCUACCCACCACCUCAGGGAUUUCAUGGACCCAACAAUGGACAACACCAAACAUAUAUUAAACUAUCUAAUGCCCAUCAUUGACCAGGUGAAUCCAGAACUCCAUGACUUCAUGCAGAGUGCUGAGGUUGGGACCAUCUUUGCCCUCAGCUGGCUCAUCACCUGGUUUGGGCACGUCCUGUCUGACUUCAGACACGUGGUGCGGUUAUACGACUUCUUCCUGGCCUGCCACCCCCUGAUGCCCAUUUACUUUGCAGCUGUGAUCGUGUUGUAUCGAGAAGAGGAAGUCCUGGAUUGUGACUGUGACAUGGCCUCGGUUCACCACCUGUUGUCCCAGAUCCCUCAGGACCUGCCCUAUGAGAUGCUGAUCAGUAGAGCCGGAGACCUUUUUGUUCAGUUUCCCCCAUCUAGACUUGCUUGGGAAGCAGCUGCCCAACAGGAAGCCAACAAAACGGCAGCCUCUACCUUCAAAGACUUUGAGCUGGCAUCCACCCAGCAGAGGCCUGACAUGGUCCUGCGGCAGCGCUUUCGGGGACUGCGGACUGAGAAUCGAGCAAAGGACGUCCUGACCAAACCAAGGACCAACCGCCUUGUGAAACUGGCGGUGAUGGGGCUGACGGUGGCACUUGGAGCAGCCGCUCUGGCUGUGGUGAAAAGUGCCCUGGAGUGGGCCCCUAAGUUCCAGCUGCAGCUGUUCCCCUAAAUGCCAGAGAAGAUUCUUCCUCUGGCAUUACUUGAAGGUCUCGCCCUUCCAUGGAAGGAUGGGGAGGGGUGGGAUGUCCUUUAUUAAAAGGGUUUCUGUCAA